AAACCCAAGGGACGCUAACUUUCCAGUGGCGGUGGCCACCAAGGCCACCGCCCGCCUACCGUGUGUAGGAAGAGGAGAGGCAGAGGUAAGGAACAACAUAACUAAGGGGUCAUCCAGAACUGCAAAUUAAUCUGAGAUUUGACAAUGGAACGAUGAACUGGAGAAUCGAGAGGUCGAGAUGUUCUCAGUUACCUUUCUGAAAAUGGUGACGAUGUAGGGAAGGAAAAGAUCAAUUGCAUCACCAGCGGGGUUUCCUUCUUAGGCGUCACCAGCUGGACGAAGAUUAUUAGCUUCCGGAGGAAGGAGGCAAGGAAGAAGACUAGAGAGGACACUAAUGAAGGCGAAGGAGACGAAUGAAACAACAGUAGCGGCGUAUUUUUUUUUUUUUUACCACUGCUGGUGGAACUUGGCCGGCAGACCUUUGAAUUCCUUCAUUGAAUCUUUGUUGGCCUCGCCUGGAUCGAUCCAGCUCGGUGACGAGUGUGCUUUGCCUUGAAUCAGCUGUGAAAUUGGUGAGUUUCUUCUUCGUGUUAAGCAGAGAAUCAGUAGUGUUAGUCUUGGACUUUGUGGGUGAUGUUGAUUUAGAGGAAUUGGAGGGUUUUGGGGUAAUUAGUUUGAUCUGGUUAUUCUUACCACUAGAAGAAGAAGAAAGAGGCAGGACAUCCCCAGUAUCAUCGCUGGUAGUAGUCCUCUUAGUGAGUUUCAUGGAAUUUGAUUCCUCUUAGCAGUGAAAAUGGUAGAUUUGGAAGCGAAAAUGGUAUUUGAUUUCUCUUAACAGCUUGGUGCUUGAUGAUCCAUCUGAUGGUGAUGAUGAUAAGUUGCGAAGUACUGCUGAGAAGUACGUUCCUUGGACAGAUGCUGUAGUUUUUGGUUGCUCAUCCACGUCUUUGUCUAGUGAAGAAGCAAAGAGGAUGAGCGGGGGAGUGAACAAGAAGAAGAAGAGCAAAAGCAUCUUUAUUUCAGGAACCAGGUUUGGUUUGAUUCUGAUAGGAUAUUCAUGAACUUGGGAUGAAGCUAUACUUAGAGACAGUGGAGGAUACUUUAACAUUUAUGUGCCCAGGAACUGUUUGAUUUUUGCUAUGGACAAAUUACAAGAGAUGGCAACAUUGAUCUUAUUCAAUGGGGGCAAUGUUCACAUGUCAAGAGCUAGAAAGAUUGCUUUAGAGAGUGUAUAUGAAUGGGUGAAGAUUGAAUAUGAGAAGGCUAGAGAGAGAUGUGGUUAAGACCAGUAGCGUAGAUGUUCAUGUGAAGCUGUGGGGUUCACCCAAAAGUAACACCAUCUGGUUGGGCUUGUGGGAUCAAUCAUGGUGGGUUUAGGUCUGGUCAAUUCGGUGGAGCAGAUGGGUACAUAUUGGAAUGCAAGGAACUUGAGUUUUACAUGAAGGAACUCUGGAGGGAGAAGGGAAAAGUUGAUGCUACCGGAAAAGUUUAGUCUCAGAAAAGUUCUGGUGGGAAGAAAAGUAUAGUGCCCGGGAAAAGUAGCAGCAGUUGCAGGACGACAAGGCUGUUGUGAUGCAAACAACAAUUGAGAGUUGGGAAGCUAUCAAAUCCAAAUGUCAAGGAUCCAAACAUGAGAAGAAUCAAUGUAAAAGAUGAUCUCCAUGAUGGAUAUGCAGUUUCAGAUGGAGGAUUUCAAAGCAAAGAUGGUGCUCAUGCUGUGAACUGAAGGUUGUUUCAAUAAGCUUCAGUUCAGGGGAGGAAAUGGAUCUUUCUGCAAGAAAGAGAAGUAGCAGCUUGUGAUUGCAAUAUGGGGCAAUAUGGGAGUGCACAACUUUUGAUGCUGCCUUGGUAAACUAUAAAGUUUGUGCGUGUGAUUGUAGCAUAAGUUCAAUUGGAGGCUUUCAGAGAAGUAGAUGAUUAGAGUGACUAUUGGAUUAAGGGAAUCCAUGGUUGUGCAAGGCUGCUCAGGGAAUUGUUUAAGGAAAUGUCAGCUGGGCAUACCUACGAGUGAAGUAGGUGGUGUAACCUGUGAGUGAAGCAGGUUUGGUGUUAAUGUCAGCUAGACAUACCUACGAGUGAAGUAGGCGGUGUAACCUGUGAGUGAAGCAGGUUUGGUUUCAAUGUCAUUCGACGAAUAGACAGCAGAAUGACUGUUCUUAUUCGGUGGACGGAUGACUGGUUAGUAGUACUCAGUUGUUUGUCAUUCAACAAGUAACAGUUUGAGAGCUUGCAACAUAAAACUAAGUUUGUUGUAAUUCUCGCUUGUUGGCAGAUGACAUAGGGGAGAGACCUGAGUUUGUAGGUCUAAGUUUGUAGGUCUAGAGAGUACAGUGAAGAAACCGGAAAUCAAACAGUUGAGCGGGCCUUACCAAGAAGAAGAUAAAAGAAAGUAAAGUUGAACUGAAGCCAAUCUCAUUGGAGGCUAGCAUCAAAUGUUUGAGUUUAUUGAUAGUGUUGCUACAAACUCAAAAGCUGCUGGAAAAUAUGAAGUUGCAAUGAUGCUGAUUGAAGAAGUGAAGUUGUUGCUGUUAAUUUGUUGAAGACUGGUGUUGCAGAAAGUUGGAUCUCGCGGAAAUAUAGCUUUGAAGUAAACUGAAUUGUUUCAGUUUGAGGAGAGGCAGAGGUUCAAAACCAUGUUUACAUGGAACGAACAAAGUACAUGAAAGAAACAAACCCGGACUGCCUGUGAAACUUUUCUUUUGAUUUCAAAAAGGGGUUUGGAAGAGCAACUCAUUGCUUUGUGCAAAGCAAGUGGUUCAGAAGGGUUCUAAAGUGUGGAUUGGAAAGGAAGUUGACUUGAAGGUACCAAAACAAAUUUUGACAGCAGCAUCAACCAUUAUCAAUGAUUGUUGUUGCAGUCAUUUGAGUUUCCUGUGUUUGAAGACUGUUGUUGCUGCUUGAAAAGGAUGUUGUUGUCGCUGCUGCUAAAGUUAGUGUUAUCAUUGCUGCAGGAGAUAGUAAGCUGAAUAUUAUAAAUAAUUCAGCUUAGGGGAGGAUUUGUUAGGAGUGUCUUGGAGAUGGUAAGUCAGGUAUUGUCGUUUGAGUCGGUGCAGCUCGUUUUGGGUUAUAGAGUUAAAAGUUAAAAUAGUUAACGUGUGUAGCAGUCAGGAUGAGUCGGUUAGUGCCAAUUGUUAGUGGGGUUAGAUGUGGCGAGAUUAAAGGAGUCAGUUAGGAAUCAGGAGUUCUGGUGUUUGUACUUAAGUUGUUUUUCAUUGUUCAAUAAAAUUGAUUGAGUUUCAUCGGCUAAUUAUCUAUCAGAAACAACCUCAGAUCACACACUUCAUCAAUUGCCAAACAGAUUACAAACAAACAAAAGGGCAUACAAUUCACAAAAGGGCAAACAAAUUGCCAGUUCUAACACGUCUUUCACACACUUCACCGCUAGCUAAUUAAACCACCACAAUCAGCAAAUUUGACGAACGGAGAUAAUUGACAUCCGAGCUAGCUAAUUAAACCACCAAAAACUUCAAUGAUGGCCCAAAGCUUGGCGGAUGACAUCAGAAUCAGUUAUCAUAUCAUAGACACAUGAAUCAAACAUGGAAAUGGGUAGACUUUCAAGAGAACCAAACAGGGGAGCAAGUAAAUCUUUGUGGAGAAGGAAAUCUUUCAUGGAGGCAAUAUGUUCUGUUCCUACACAAGGCAAAGUUGGAAGAGGACUAACCUCAAGCAGAGGAGAUCGUCGAUGCUGCUGGGAGCGGGAAGGCCGGCUGUUUCGACGCUGCUGGAGGAGAGGAUUCGUCCGAUGGAGAGGCUCGAACGAAUCGUCGGGUGGAAGAGGGAGAUGGCGACCGGCUGUAGGUUCUCUUCGACGGUGGAGAAUCGCGUCGCUGCAGCUUGAUUUCGCCGACUGGAGGAAGGAUUCGCCUUCGCUGCUUCCCGUUGCAGACGCGGUCGUCGCUGCUGCUUCUCUUCUCACUCAGGCGCGGGAGAGGGAUCGAGUUCGCCGCCGCAACUGCUUUCCGCCGGUUAGUCUUCCUGGAUCUGUCUCGACCGCGAAGAAUCCAGGAGUAGCAAAGGGGCGUCGACGGGCGGACCGAGCAGCACAGCAGCCGCGACGGGGCCCUUCCUUCUCCCUCCUCGCCUUCGCUCGGCGAUUGAACUUGAAAUUCCAGGGUGAACGGUGCAACGGCGACGAUGGGGAAAUUGGGUGACGUACUUCCAAGGCGAACGAUGCAAUGGCGGUGAUGGGGGAAUCAGGCGACGUACUUUCAGGCGAACGGCGGUGGUGAAAGAAUCUAGGACGAGAUUUCUUUCGAUUCCGAAUGGAUGAACGACGGCUUUGGGGCGACUGAUUUAGAGAUUAGGGCGAACAUUUUGGGAAUUGG